AUGGCGUAUGUAGCCCAGCUGCUGCUUCUCGUCCUGUGCACCUUGACCUACCAUUCUCUUGGUGCAGCAGAUGCCACAGGCUCACUGAAGGCUGAAGCCGUGUGCGCCGAGCCACAAGUGACUUCAUCGUCGUCCGGCCGAAUCACGGUGCCGUUAAACCACCGGUACGGCCCGUGCUCGCCGAUGCCAUCCACAAACGAGCCGACCAUGGCGGAGCAGCUCCGCGCUGACCAACUCCGAGCUGAAUACGUCCGCCGCAAAGUCCUUGGUCUCGGCGACGAGCCGAAGCAAUCAGAGCUCACCGUGCCCACCACGCUGGGAUCUGCCCUGGACUCGAGGUUGUACGUGAUCACCGUCGACAUCGGCACCCCGGCCGUGACCCAGCACAUGAUCAUCGACACUGGCAGCGACGUGUCGUGGGUGCAGUGCAACCCAUGCCCGGAACCUUCUUGCCACGCCCCGAACGGCACCCUCUUCGACCCCCUCCAGUCGAGCACCUACGUUCCGUUCAACUGCACCUCCGCGACGUGCCUCCAGCUCGACGGCAACAACGUUGGCUGCUCGAGCUCGCAGGAAUGCCAGUUCUACGUCGGGUACGGCGACGGCGCAAACACCACCGGGACGUACGGGGCCGACACGCUGGUGCUAACCGACUCGGAAACGGUCAGCGGCUUCCAGUUUGGCUGCAGCCACGAGGCGGACGGGUUCACCGACCAAACCGACGGGCUCAUGGGGCUCGGCGGCGACGUACAGUCGCUCGUGUCGCAGACGGCGGCGACCUACGGCAAGGCCUUCUCCUACUGCCUCCCGGCGACCUCGAGCACCUCCGGGUUCCUCACGCUGGGCGCGCCAAACGACACAUCGGACUUCGUGACGACGCCCAUGCUCAGAGUCAAAGACUACCUAACGUUCUACAACGUGCUCCUCCAAGACAUCCAAGUAGACGGUAAUCUGCUCGGAAUAUCGCCCUCCGUCUUCGCCGCCGGCUCUUUGAUGGACUCCGGCACCCGCAUCACCACGCUGCCGCUGGAGGCGUACUCGGCGCUCUCCUCGGCUUUCAAGGCCAGCAUGACGCAGUACGCGGAGGCACCGCCAUGGGGCUACUUCGAGACGUGCUUCGACUUCGCAGGGGUGGAGCAGGACGACCUCACGAUUCCGCCGGUCGCGCUGGUGUUCGACGGGGGCGCCAUAGUCGACCUCGACCGCAGCGCGAUCAUUGACGUGGCCAGCAGCUGCCUUGCGUUUUUCCCCACCAACGAAACCGACGGCAGUGUCAUCGGGUGCGUGCAGCAGCGGACGUUUGAGGUGCUGCACGACGUCGGCCAGAGCGUCUUCGGCUUCCGCAAGGGCGCCUGCUGA